GAGACAGAGGUGAUAUAUGCAAGACGCGCCGCGAAGAAGUAAACAUGAACUUGAAUCCCAGUUGGAAGAAGAAUCGCAUGGAGGUUGGUUUUAUGAUUCUUUAGGGCUUACGUGAACUUCUAAAGAAAAAAGAGGAAACUUGUGAACCGCGUUUACUAUUUCAUGUCUGCAGUAUAAUGUCUUCUCAGUAUACAAAAGGUAAAAGUAAUGGAAAAAGGGAAUCCUAUUUCCAAACUUCAUUUGCUAGACGGGACGGCUAGCAGACUUUUGUGUAACCCAAGUAUUCUUUUCAUAUUCAGCGCUGUGAAGGAAGAGUAUCAAGAGAUAAAUAUGCAGUAUUUUUUUUCUGUCUUUCCACUUUGCUCAGCAGAUGCUCUCCAUGGAAUCACUGUACCUUGGUGGGCUGUUAUUAAGGCCAAUCUUUCUAACCACUUAUUCAAUGAGUACGAUAGUAUGUUGUACUUUCCUGUGAGAGACAAUGAGGAAGCUUGGAUACCAAUUGUACUGCCGAAUUUGGUGAAUGUGGAUCUUCUGCUUCAUCAUUGUUUGUCUGGCCUGGUAUAUCUCAAGGAAGGUAUAACGACUGUUUGUAGGAUUUGGAAGUGACUUAUGCAGAUAGCAGUGUAUUUUUUGUAGGAGAGUUUCUUUGACCUGAGUGAGUGUGAUUUUCAGAGAAAGAAUCUCUUUUGUCGCUUUCCUUUCCCAGCCUUCUCAAGUUUCGCUAGUAUGUAGAAAUUUGCAGAAGCAAUAGACAUCCUUGGUCUAUCCUGGUUUGAGGAUAGCAAUUGGCUGAUUACGCUCUGGUCUAUGGAAUUUUAUAUUCUAUAGAAGCUUAGAGAUUCUAUUGAUAUCAACUCUGAACAGUAUUUUGGCUUUUUUGUCGGUAUUUUGACCGUGCCGCUUGUAAUCUUCAUGCGAAGAAGAUUCAUGCAGGAAAGAAUCAAAAAUCGACUAGUUGACACAAUGUACUUUCCAACAAUGGUGAACGCGGUUCCAUCUUUCUCAAAAGUGAAAACACUCGUGUAUAGUGGGACUUCUUUAUUUCUUAGUUUUUCAUGUAAUCAAGCGUAGUUAGAAAAAAAAGAGAAGGGGAUGCUCUUGUUGUUUUAGAAAUUGCCAAUCUUGUUUUUUUAUAAAGGAAUGAGAUCCAACGUGAUCAAAGUUUCGUACUUGUUCAUUCCGUUAUAAAAAGAUUAAGUAGGCAAUGUUCACUUCACUUGGGAUCCUCUUUUCAUACUAACUAUUGUCCCUAUAGAGUGCAUAUUACCAACCCUACUUUAGAUUUGAGAAUUUGCAUAUUGGGAAUUUUUUUUCUCUCUCUUUUUACUAUACUUAUCGUUCUUGGAAGCCCAAAGUACAUUAUAAUACAUCACCUUUUGUUCGAGUCAUGCUUGAAAAUUAAAGGAAACUCUAAAACAGGAAGUUCUGCAUAAUGUCUCCUAAAUUUGAGAAAUAAAGAGCAGAUGCGAUUUUACUUAACUCAAGGCAUAAAGUUUAUGGUCAUAAUUCAACUAGAGUAAACUAACUCUUUAAAAAUUAUGAGUUUUAUAUAGCACCUCUAUCUAAUAUGUACUAAAUAAUUACCUAUAAUUCUUUUUCAGAAAUGAAAUUCCAUUUGAUAUUUUGAG